AUGCAGGUGAUCACGUGCGCGCUAUUCACGCUGGCCAGCCUCCCCAUCAGCGCCGGGCUUGAAGCCGCGUCCUGCGGGCCGGGGGCCGCGUCCUGCGGGCCGGAGGCCGCGUCCUGCGGGUCGGAGGCCGCGUCCUGCCCCGCCGUCUGCGAGUGCUCCGAGUGGAAGACGCUCACCAUCUCGUGCUUCGACAUCGCGGCUCUGCCCCGGUUCCCCGCCAGCACGGAGACGCUAUGGCUUUUCGAGACGCGGCUGUCGUCGGUGCCGACGGACGCCUUCGCCAGCAUGGUCAACAUCUCCAGGAUAUACAUCUCCGUGGACGUGGUGCUGCAGAGGCUGGAGAGGCACGCCUUCCACAGCCUGCAGAGCAUCACCCACAUAGAGUUGCGCAACGCAAAGAGUCUGCGCUCCAUCGACCCAGAAGCCUUCCAGAACCUCCCAAACCUCAAGUACUUGGGGCUCUUCAACACCGGUCUCUCUCUCUUCCCCGACCUGAGCAACAUUCACUCCAACGACCUGAACUUCAUCCUGGAGCUGGUGGAUCAUCCCUUCAUCACGGAGGUCCCAGCCAACGCCUUCAGGGGCGUGACCAGCAACACGCUGACGGUGAUGAUGUAUGGGAACGGCUUCAGGGAGAUCCAGCACCACGCCUUCAACGGGACCCGGCUGGAUCAGGUAGACCUUCACAGGAACAGGUACCUGACCACGAUGGAUGACCAGGCGUUUGCGGGCGCCGUCAGCGGCCCCAUGCUGCUAGACGUGUCCCUCACAGCGAUCACCUCCCUGCCGACCACAGGUGUUGCUUCUCUCCGGGAGCUGAAGGCUCGCGAUGCCUGGGCCCUCAAGAAGCUACCACCCAUCAAGACCUUCAAGCACCUCACCAUCGCCAACCUCACCUACCCCAGCCACUGCUGCGGCUUCAAGAACCUCAAGAAAAAACGAGGCUUCCUGGAGUACCUCAUCUGUAACCUGACUGCGUUCUACGACCAGCAGCACAAGCGUUCGGUCGGGCCCCUUGGCAUCCCGUCCCUCCAGGGGGACGUCGUGGAGGAGUCGGUCCCAGACGAGGAUCCAGAUGACGGAAGCCACAAAGAGUCCCGAGACUGGAGGAGAGGUGACUUACAUGGAAGCCUCCACUACCACACCUAUUUUGGGGGCCAGCCAGAUGAGGAUGUGGGUUUUGGAGAGACCCUCAAGAACCCCCAGGAGGACACCAGCCAAGACUUUAACAGUCGGUACGAUUAUGUGGUGUGUGAGGAGGGGGAGGAGGUGGCAUGUGCACCAGUGCCUGAUGAGUUCAAUCCUUGUGAGGACAUAAUGGGGUUUGGCUUCUUGCGAGUGUCCGUGUGGUUUGUGAGUCUGCUGGCGGUUCUGGGUAACGUGGUGGUGCUCCUGGUGCUGCUCACCAGCCACUACAAGCUCUCGGUCUCCCGCUUCCUCAUGUGUCACCUGGCCUUUGCAGAUCUGUGCAUGGGGAUCUAUCUGCUGCUCAUCGCCUCCGUAGACCUCCACACCCGAGCCGAGUACUUCAACCACGCCAUCGACUGGCAGACGGGCCCCGGCUGUGGACUCGCGGGGUUCUUUACGGUCUUCGCAAGCGAGCUGUCGGUCUACACCUUAACGGUGAUCACUCUGGAGAGGUGGUACGCCAUCACCUUUGCUAUGCGGCUGGAUCGUAAGCUGCGUCUGCAGCACGCGGCGGCCGUGAUGCUCGGCGGCUGGAUCUUCUGCCUCCUGCUGGCGCUGCUGCCGCUGGUCGGGGUGAGCAGUUACCAGAAGGUCAGCAUCUGUCUCCCGAUGGACACCCAGUCCGCCGUGGCGCAGGUCUUCAUCUUGUCAGUGCUGGUGCUCAACAUCCUAGCCUUUCUGGUUAUCUGCGCUUGCUACUUCAAGAUCUACUGCACAGUGCACAACCCUCACUACCGCUCUGGAUCCAAGGAUACCAACAUCGCCAAGCGCAUGGCCGUCCUCAUCUUCACGGACUUCUUGUGCAUGGCGCCCAUCUCCUUCUACGCCAUGUCGGCCGCAAUGGACCGGCCGCUCAUCACCGUCUCCAACUCCAAGAUUUUAUUGGUGCUCUUCUACCCGCUCAACUCCUGCGCCAACCCGUUCCUCUAUGCCAUCUUCACCAAGGCUUUCCGGGGGGACAUAUUCAUCCUCCUCAGUAAGGUGGGCCUCUGUCGGCAGCGAGCGCAGCUGUUCAGAGGCCAGACGGUGUCGUCGAAGGGCAGCAGCGCCGCAUCUCAGAACCGUAAAGACAAGGACCGGGUUCAGAAAGGCCAGGAACAAGUGCCCAUCUGCCUGAAGAAGUGCUCCGGGGGGACCGACCACCAAGCCGCCUGCCGGCCGACGGGGCCUGAAGAGAGCCGGAGCCUGAACACGUGAGCCCGACACCAGCUCCAGUACAGCAGGGCCGGUUCUGGGGGGAACGGGUCCGUUUGGAUAGUUAACAGAAAGAUCCGGUAUUCUGUAACUGCUUCAGUUCGCAGGCCAACUUCAGCUGCUUUCACAAUUCCGGCUGUGAUGAUUUUGGGGUUCCGGUUGUUGGAUGAUAUCGAGUGUCCCUGAAACGUGAGCCUGACUUCAUCUCUCACGGAGUCCUUUGUAUCUGGAGCGAGAGGCUAACAUCGUAAAGAUAAGAACUCACACAUACAUACAUCUUCAAUUUAGUUGAGAUCUUAUUUCAUUUCAAAUCCCUGCUCAGUCUAGCAUUGAUAUACAAGGACAUAUAACAGAUUUGUAUAAAUACUUAAUUUCCCUGUGAUAAAAUAAUCUUUCUGAGGCGCCGUAUUCAUCCAUGGUAAUCGUUUUUAAGGACGGCCUGCUGGCUCAGUGCUGUUCACAGUGGGAAGUGAAUCCAAAGAAUAAGAAACACUGCAUUUGUUCAUGUCAUAUCAAAACCUCGACAUAUAAUGGAAAUGCACUAUAGUGUUUGGUGAUUUAUGGAUGAAAACAGGAACACACAGUUGGCGUCUAUUUAGUCUUAUUUUAUUUAAAAUCUUUUUGAUUGAUUUUUGCAAACACAGGAAUGAAGAAUAAUGCCUCCCAGAAGUUGGGGUACAUGGAACUUUACAUUCAGUCGUUUGGAGGUUGUGUAACUGUGACUCACUGUCACUGUAUAUAAAGAUUAUUUAGUCUUUUAGCUGGAGACUGAACAGAUAUCGGCCGAUAUACCAGACUGACAUUGGAAAGCAGUGUUUUUAAAUGUCUUAUAUGUGGAUGUAUCACUUUGUUAGAUUCAUAAAGCAUUUGUAUACUUUU